UACGGUUGCAUAAGUUGAAGCUGAAAGAAAUCCACCACAAACAUACCGCUCAUCAUCCCUUUCCCUUUAUGCGUCUCCCAAUUUUCCUCUUUUCAUUUCCUUCCAUAUUUUAACUAAAGACAAGGCAGAGAGAGGAGCCAUGGGAGUGGUGGUUUGCAGCUCAAGCUGCUUCUACUCUUCUUUUUGUUCAUUACCUUCCACUGAAAUUCAAUGCAAGAGAAAAAGCAAGAAGCAGCUGCUUUUUGGUCCCGUUAAGCCCCCGAAGCGCUUCUCAUCGCCCAGUAUCUACGCAGUCAACACCUCUUCCACUCAGGAAUCCAUCCAAUCAGUAGAAUUGCAACCUAAAGACCCUUUCACCAACAGCGCUCUCGAGCAGCUCGAUAUCGAGCGUGGAGUUUGCAUUCCCUUCCGCAAAUACUCCCCCGAAUCAGUGAAAAAUAAGGUUUUGGAGUCAAGGGGGGCAAUAUUGUCCUUGAUUGGUAGAGGGGUAGAGAUAGUAUGGAAUUUGGGGCUUUAUUGGACGAGUUUAGUGUAUGAUUAUGUUGUGGGUCGUGAUCAAGAAGUUGUUCCUUUCCGCGCUCGCCAGCUGAGGCAACUCUUGUGUGACUUGGGGCCUUCCUUCAUCAAAGCUGGACAGGUGCUUGCAAAUAGGCCUGAUAUUAUUAGAGAAGAUUACAUGAAAGAACUUUGCAUUCUUCAGGAUGAUGUUCCUCCUUUUCCUAAUCAGGUUGCUUUCAACAUCAUAGAAGAGGAAUUGGGCCAACCUCUUGAAGCUGUUUUCAGCAAAAUAUCUUCGGGGACUAUAGCAGCUGCAAGUUUGGGUCAAGUUUAUCGAGCUACAUUACGUGCAACAGGGGAGGAUGUUGCUAUUAAGGUGCUAAGGCCUGAGAUUGAGCCUAUCAUAUACCGAGAUCUUUUUCUUUUCCGAACACUGGCUUCAUUCUUGAAUGGAAUCAGUCUACAGAAAUUGGGAUGCAAUGCAGAACUUAUAGUGGAUGAAUUUGGGGAGAAGCUAUUGGAGGAGCUAGACUAUACAUUGGAAGCUCGCAACAUUGAGGAUUUCUUGGAAAAUUUCAAGAAUGACCCCACAGUAAAAAUUCCUCAAGUUUACAAAAAACUUUCUGGUCCACGUGUUUUAGUAAUGGAAUGGAUCGAUGGAGUACGAUGCACUGACCCAGAGGGAAUCAAGGAGGCAGGAAUUGAUAUAGAUGGUUUUUUGACAGUAGGAGUUAGUGCAGCCUUGAGGCAGUUACUUGAAUUUGGCCUAUUCCAUGGUGAUCCACACCCUGGAAAUAUCUUUGCAAUGCGUGAUGGCCGUAUUGCAUACGUUGACUUUGGGAAUGUUGCUGUUCUAAGUCAGCAAAAUAAACAGAUUUUGAUUGAUGCUGUUGUCCAUGCUGUAAAUGAGGACUAUGCUGAAAUGGCCAAUGAUUUUACUAGACUUGGUUUCCUAGCUAGUGGUACUGAUGUGUCCCCCAUUGUCCCAGCUCUGGAAGCAAUUUGGCAGAAUUCACUUGAAAAAGGACUUGCUGACUUUAACUUCAGAAGUGUUACAGGAAAGUUUAACCAACUAGUUUACAACUAUCCGAUUCGUAUCCCAGAGAGGUUUUCUCUUGUUAUUCGUUCUCUAUUGACUCAGGAAGGCAUCUGUUUGACAUUGGAGCCAGAUUUCAAAUUUCUUGAGGUUGCGUAUCCUUAUGUUGCGAAGCGCCUUCUUACAGAUCCUAACCCUGCUUUACGGGAACGCCUUAUACAGGUUUUAUUCAAGGAUGGUGUCUUCCAGUGGAAACGGCUGGAGAAUCUAAUAGUUCUUGCCAAGGAAAACGUGGCAAAGAUGAGCAGCAACCCUGCAUUGAAAGGGAAUGGCAGCAUACAAAAGUACAAAGACAUUAGAGUUGAACGAAGGUUGGAUCUGACAGACACAAUCAAGGAUGGAGCUCGAGUGUUCCUUCUGGAUGAAGGCAUUCGCAGGAAGCUUCUUCUUGCUCUCACCGAAGACUCUAAACUUCACAUUCAAGAGCUUGUGGAUGUAUACCGAUUGCUUGAAGACCAAAUUGACAUACCUUCAGUAGCAAGGGAAGUUGUUGAAGAUCUUCCAUCCCUUGCGCGUGAUGUCAUGCUCUCAUGGACCAACUCCGUCUUAUCAGACAGAUAAGAUGCCAUGCUGCAUUGCUUUGCUGCUGUACAGAAGUAAUAUUUACAAAAACCCUUUUUUUUUUCCUGUCUUUCUUGUUUGGUUAAUAAGCUGUCUACUACAACAUUAACAAAAUUAAUUUACUAUUUGUAUAAUUGUAUAUAUAUAACAGUGUUAAUACU